AUGAAGACCAACGACUGGGACCAGCCUGAGAUUCAGCUGAGCACGGGUGCCAGCAACCAGAUCAACUACAUCACGCCGGUGGUCCAGUCGGACGACAUCAAAGCUUGGUUGUCACUGAACGUGAACUUCUUUGCCAUCAUCGGGCUCACCACCGUGGGUGGUCUCAUCGAAAUCCAGCGCUUCUUCCCAGAUACCUUGUACUGGUGA